UCUCUCUCUCUCUCUCUCUCUCUCCCCCUCUCUCUCCUUGCACACACACGAAUCACAAUGCUCCCUCACCAACCCCACAUCUCCGCUGCCGACGCCAUCACCCCCGCCCCUCCGGCCGAUCUGCCCCAAGUCAAGCGGGGCAAAAAGCGGGGAAGCUACAACUGUGGCCGGUGUGGCCUCCCGAAGAAAGGUCAUUCCUGUCAUUUCACCACGGCCACUGCCACUGACACCCCGACGCCCGUUGACUCCACCUCCGCCUCCGUCGACCUUGCCUCCGUCCCUACACAACCCGCUUCCCACUUUCCGCCGCGGCAGCCUUACUCGCAUCUCCGGCGAGCACUCUCAUUUGACGAUAUUGACGUUCGUGACUCACCGGUAUCCGACGACGAUGAGGACGAUGACGAGGAUCCUUCAAAGGAGUCGGGAUCGAAUCCCCCGUCCGGUGGGUUGCCGGCGAGCUGCUUGUGGGAAGUGCUCAGGAGGUUGCCGCCGGCUGGGCUGCUCUCGGCGGCGAAGGUGUGCAAGGGCUGGAGGGGUACCGCGAGGAGGCUUUGGAGAGCGGCGGAGGAGCUUAGGCUUAGAGUUCCGCCAAGAGCUCAGAUUGGGUUUGUGGGAUCAGUGCUGCAGAAGUGCUCCGGUCUCGUUAGACUCUCUCUCAGAAUGCAAAGUGAUCUGGAUGCAACAAUGUUGGCCUGCGUUGCAUUUUCAUGCCCUAAUUUGGAAUUGAUGGACAUCUCUAUGUCUGAUGCAGCAAUCAAUAGGAUAACUGGAGAUGAGUUGGGUCGUUUCGUUGCUCACAAACGAUGUCUUUCAAGCCUUAAGAUGGAAGGGUGCUAUAACCUUGGGGGUCUUGUCCUAUGCUCACCAAGUCUUUCUACUCUUUGGCUGUCGGAUCUCCACUCCCUAUCCAAGAUGAUUUUCAAUUGCCCCAAUAUGAGAGAGAUCUCCCUGGAUUUUUCCCGACAAGAAAAUGACAGCACUGAUCUUACUGCCAUGGUAGAUGGUUUGGGAAGGAGUUGUCCAAGGCUGAUAAAUAUACACAUUGCAUCGCUUCAACUUUCUCACGCUAUAGUGCUUGCUCUUACAGCUGCAAACUUGAGGGGGUUGCGGAUGCUUUCACUUGUACUUGGAUCAGAAAUCACAGAUGCUUCUGUUGCCGCCAUUGCUUCAAGCUAUUCAAACUUGGAAUUGCUUGAUCUGAGUGGGUCUAGCAUCAGUGACAGUGGCAUUGGAAUGAUCUGCAACAUUUUCCCUGAAACACUCUCGAGACUCCUCCUUGCUCUUUGUCCUUAUAUAACUUCAAGUGGCAUUCAAUUUGCUACUGCUCAAUUGCCUCUUUUGGAACUUAUGGAUUGUGGAAUGACUAUAUGUGAUGCCAAUCCCCAAAGUCCAAUCUUGGAAGAUGACAGUGAUUUAGAAAUACAGAAAUCACACAACAGGAAGCUACACCUUAUUUACCAAAAGCUGAUAAUCAAACAUAGUCGAUUGAAAAAACUCAGCUUGUGGGGCUGUUCUGGCUUAGAUGCUUUGUAUUUAAACUGUCCAGAGCUUAAUGAUCUGAAUCUGAACUCUUGUACCAAUUUGCAUCCGGAGAGAAUGCUACUUCAGUGCCCCAAUCUUGAAAGCGUGCAUGCAUCAGGUUGCCCAGAGAUUUUGAUUGGAUCCAUUCGGAGACAGGUAUGCAAUGAUUUUGAUGCUGCUGAGUACCAUUUUCCAUGCAAGCGCUCAGCUGAUGGCUCAAAGAGGAUUCAGGUCCCAUUUUUUCUUGGUCAGCAGGCAUGUGAUGAUGAUAAGGCAAGGAGGGCUGGAAGAAGCCAGUGUACUGUGCUUGCGGACUGACUGUAUGUGAACACUGAACAUUCUUACUAUAUACAUGGUGCAAUUUCUUGUUAUGUUAGUUACUCCUUGGGUAUGCAUCUCAAGAGGUCCAAUUUGUUUGUAAUUGUUGAACUGUGGUUCUUUAAUGAAAAACACCUCACCCUAUCUUCAUGGGGUCAAUGUUAACAGUAGGGAAAAACAUACAAUGAACUUUUAUACUUUUCAUCUCUUCUCAUUCCUAUAAUAAAGAACAAUUUCUUAAACCAAA